GAUGGAUUAAUUGUUAGUUGCUUGCUCGGCUACAUGCGUGCAUUCAGAGCUUACCGUCAUUACAAGCAUCUGGACUCGAUCUGUUAUAUAGCUUGCUUUUGUUCUUGAUGGCCUUGUUCUUGCCUUCUCUGACGAUAGAUGGCCGAGGUGGAGGGCGCGGAGGCAGUGGGCCUCGUCUUCCGCAUCGCGGCGCUCGCUCUGUCGGUUGCGGCCGCCGUCGUGAUGGGCACCGCGAGCCAGCUGGUCGUCGUCGACGGCGGCCGCGGACCAUCGAGCUACGUCGUCUCGUACAGCCACUACAGCGCUCUCGUGUACUUCGUUGUGGCCGGCGUGGUCUCGGCCAUCUGCUCGGCGGUGGCGCUCUACCUGUCCGCCGUUCACAACAAGCCCGCCGGCGCGUUCUGCGGCAGGGUGACCACCGUGGCGGCCGUCCGCGCGUCCGCGGCCGUGGCCGUCGCCGUCGCGGCGCUUGCCGCCAAGGACGCUCGCCAGAGCUGGGGAGGGUGCUGUGGCCGAGCAAGAGCACGCCGACGCGAAGGCCGAGGAUAAACGUGAGCAGAAUAGCAGCAUGGCACAGCACAGAUAGAGAGCACGUGGCAACCGGGGUCUUAGUUUUAUCAUCACCGGUCCACGGCGAACACAAGGAGGCGCGAUGGCACGCACAAACAGACCGCGGUCGAGCUAGAAACAGCACCACGGCUCGAAGGCCGGUCAUCCUAGAGGAUCAGGAAGGGAGGGUCACGGCUAGGGUUUACCUUGAGGGACGGCAACAGAAGGGCUCAAGCCAGCCAUGGCAACCAGCAGGAGCGUCGGCACGUCGGUGUAAUGGUGGGCCGCUGCAGCAACAUCGACACGAAUCCAACAGCGAUGAACUCACGGCGCGACAGAGUUUCCACUCAACUCCUCAGAAUUUCUCUCCCUUCUUCCUCCCCAAAGAUUUAUUUUUCCUCGGUGAUAGCAGCAGCACGAACUCGAUGCGGCAGGGUUUCGGCCAGAGCAAAAUUGACCCUCCCCCUCGGGCACCCCCUCCCUGCUUUUAUAUAGGCGGCCCAGGUCUCUCACAAGAUAAGCACAAGGUUGUUAGGGAUUUGAAGAAGAGUCUUGAUCGGGCAUGGUUGAGGAUGAAUCGAUUUGGGGAACGGAUCAGGCGGCACGGUCCACCGGCCAGAGGUGGCGGGCUAGGCGUGGUGCGCUUGAAAGAGGGGCGAGCGGCUCAGGCACGAUGCGAGCAUGGCAGAGGCGCGCGCUCAGGCGCGAGGCCCAGGGAGCAGAGGGAGGAGAAGGCGGAGCGCUCGGGGAAGAGGCGCGGGCGCGAGGCAGUAGGUGGCGGCGGGGUCGAGAAGAAGAACAGGAGGCCAACUGCCAGAGGAAAAGGAUAAGGGGUGGCUCGGGUGAGGGGAUAAGGCAGGCAGGUAAGGAGGAGAGGGAGCCGGGCUGGGCCGGCCUGGUAGGGAGUUUGGGCUGGCCAGAGGAAUGGGGCCGGCCGAGGCCCUCCCUUUUUUUUCCUUUUCUUUUCUCUCUCUCUCUUUAUAUGU